AGUUCUACAACUUAUAUUCUGUAACUUCGUCGAAAUAUCUGACCCACGAAAAAAUAAGUGGUUGAUAACCUGAUUUUUGAAGACCAAUAGUCGUCCUUGUAUUAGACUAUUUUGGUAUCAUAGAUCGGUGGCCACGAGUUUUACGCAUUUCCUUCUCAAAAAAAAAGCUUUGCGCAUUUGGAAAAUCGAAAGCUAUACAACAACAACCUUUUGGUGGACUGAAAGUGAUUUUUACUUUUCAGAAGUCGGCAUAAGAAUAUAUAUGGGUGUCAUCAAUCAUAUUGUAUAACUCAAUUUGAGAUUAUCGAUCAAAGUUUUCUUUUUUUCUUUUUUUCAUGGUUGUUGCUGGCAAUCUGAUUCCAACUCACAUGUUGCUUCCAAUGUCGAAUUAGUGAAGAUUGAGCUUCUGAAUUAUGGAGGAUCCUUGUGAGACAUUGGGCAAUGGUGAAGCAGCCAAUCACAGCCUUCAGAUUAUUAGGUACCAACCCUACACAAAACUACUAUUAUCACCAUGGUUUAGUUUGAGAGUCUUCUAUGUGAGGAUCAGCAAUUUUCGUGCCGAUGAUUCAACUCCAGAGUUUCUUACUCUGAAUCAUAUUCCUUCAAGCCCUGACACCCUUUUGGAAGUCAAUGGUGCAAGAAGUUGCAGUUAUUCUGAUGGAGCCUCUUCCCUUCUUAGAAGGGAUCGGGUAGAUAAGAAAUCGGAUGAAGCCACAUUUGUGAGCACAGAUAGUGUAAAAUUGACAAGGAGUAUGAAAUUCGAGGUUUUUGAUAAAGAUGUUCUAAUUCUCUCUGGGGUUUUGGAGAUGUCUAAUAGCAAUGGUUUCACUGGGGAAUCAAAAAACAGUACCAAGCGGUGGAGCAUGAAUUGUGAAUCAGUGAUCAACGCAGGCACUGGAUUCUUAAAGGGAAAACAUCUUGAUGGUCCCGAAUUUCCUACACCAACAAUCGAGGUUUAUGUUGCAGGCUCCUUCUCUGGAACCCCGAUCAUCUUGACCAAGACCUUACAGCUUAGUUUUCGAAAGAAGUACAAUCGGAAGGGCACGUUGGAUGCGAUCCCGGAGUAUGAUACAGCUGAAUCCCAGAAAGAUGUGUCUGCUGAAGAUCUACGGGUGGCAGAUUACAGAGCCUACAAAACAGAAAAUGAAGAUGACUACAACAACAUGUACUGGAGGAGGACAGAAUACAUAGAUGGUGAAGAUGGCGAAUUAUCCUGGUUCAAUGCUGGUGUAAGGGUUGGCGUUGGGAUUGGCCUUGGUAUUUGCCUUGGACUUGGUAUAGGAGUUGGAUUGCUGGUCCGUACUUACCAAUCAACUACUCGUAACUUCAAAAGACGGCCCAUUUGAUCCUUUUAUCAGAACUAUGAUACAAUAGGUUCCCUAAAAAUCCAAAGGCAGCUAACCUCAUCUUUUUUCUAAUGUGCAUGUUUGUUUGACAUGCAUUUUUCCUUGUGGGCUUUGAGUAAGUAGUUCUUUCUGUAGGUAAUGCUCUUUUGUUCAAAUCGCGUGAUUUUGACCGACAAUUAGUAGUUCCUGAGAUUGGGAAAGGUGACAUCUAUGUGGUUCAUGAAGUUAUACACAUCGAAGCUUGUGUUUCCCUGUAAAUAAAUGUCUUUGGAAAGUGAACAAACAGCUUUGAUAUAUGGAUCAACUUCUUAAAAUAGAAACCCUGUGUUUCGGCCUCCUUAAUUUAUUGUUUUGACUUUUGA